AUAGCAUUGAUGGCUGCAUCAGAAAUUUUAAAAUGACAGAAUCGCCUGUUGACCUGGAGAAUCCAACUUCCAGCUUCAAUGUUGGAAAAUGCUUUGUCACUGCACAGAAAGGAACAUACUUCGAUGGAACAGGCUUUGCCAAAGCAGUUGGUGCAUACAAAGUGGGAACAGACCUGCUCGUGGAAUUUGAAUUCCGUACAACACGAAUGAAUGGUGUUCUCCUAGGAGUCAGCAGCCGGAAAAUGGAUGGGCUUGGCAUCGAAUUAGUAGAUGGAAAAGUGAUGUUUCAUGUUGACAACGGUGCAGGCCGGUUCUCUGCUAUCUACGAGCCCGAUGCACCAGGCAGCUUGUGUGAUGGACGGUGGCACAAGGUCGUUGCAAACAAGAUCAAACACCAUUUAGAGCUGACUGUGGAUGACAGACGGGUGGAUGGUAGCAGCCCAAACAGGGCCUCGACCUCAGCAGACACUAACGACCCUGUCUUUGUCGGAGGAUAUCCUGAUGGUGUGACACAGUUUGGGCUGACCACUAAUAUCCCUUUUAAAGGAUGUAUUCGAUUUCUGAAGCUCACCAAGGGUACUGCUAAACCACAAGAGAUUAACUUCAGCAAAGCUUUGGAGCUGAAGGGUGUUCAACCAUUGUCAUGUCCUACAAACUAACUGACGUUCAGCUGAUAUG